CCUCUGUGUGCCCAGGGCGGGAUGCGGGGCUGCCCCGAUAACGCUUAUCGCGGAGCCCAGCGGGGCGGCGGCUCCGGUCAACAACGGGACCGACACCCGGUGCCCACCGGCAAGUGCCGCGGCCCCUUUAAGUGCAUUGCUGCUUUAAGCCGCGCUGCUGUUGCCCUUUUAAGCGCGGGCCCCCAGGACCACCAACGGGACCCCGAGGGAGGUGUCUGGCCACGCCCACCCCACCCUAAAGGGCGUGGCUUCACCGGAGGCCACGCCCACAUCGCGUCUCUUAAAGGGGCAGCGCUGCGCAGGAGAUCGCGCAACUGGAAGCGCAACGCAGGUCCCGCUGCGAUGCUGCUGCUCCGCGCUGCCGCUAUCGCCGCCGGGCACAGGCUCCCGCUGCCCCGCCGCGCCUGCUCCCGCUUCACCCCCGGUAACCCGGCGGCGGGGGGGCGGCGGGGGGCGGCCACGGUGCUGGCGGCGCUGCUGGGCCUCGGAGCUGCGCUGGCCUAUGGGGAGCGGCGGCGGAGGGUGGCGCAGGCGGCGCAGGCCCCCCCGAGCAGCCGGUACCCCCGGUACACACGGGAGGAGGUCGGGAGGCAUCGCUCCCCCCAGGACCGCGUCUGGGUCACUCACGGCACCGACGUCUUCGAUGUCACCGACUUCGUGGAGCUUCACCCCGGGGGGGCCGAGAAGCUGCUGCUGGCGGCCGGGGGCGCCCUCGAGCCCUUCUGGGCCCUUUACGCCGUCCACAACCAACCCCACGUCCUGGAGCUGCUGCGGGAGUUCAAGGUGGGGGAGCUCAGCCCCGACGAGGCCCCCCCGGACCCCAGCGCCGCUCAGGACCCGUUCGCCGGGGACCCCCCCCGGCACCCGGGGCUGCGCAUCAGCAGCCGGAAGCCGUUCAACGCCGAGACCCCCGCGGAGCUGCUGACCGAGCGCUUCCUGACCCCCAACGAGCUCUUCUUCACCCGCAACCACCUCCCGGUGCCGGCGGUGGACCCGGGCUCGUACCGGCUGCGCGUGGAGGGCCCCGAGGGCCGGGUCCUGUCGCUGUCGCUGUCGGAGCUGCGGAGCCGCUUCCCCAAGCACGAGGUGACGGCAACGCUGCAGUGCGCCGGGAACCGGCGCUCCGAGAUGAGCCGCGUGCGCCCCGUCAAGGGCCUGGCCUGGGACAUCGGCGCCAUCGGCACCGCUCGCUGGGGCGGCGCGCGGCUGCGGGACGUGCUGCUGCACGCAGGGUUCGGUGAGGAGCGCGAUGGCGAAUGGCACGUGUGCUUCGAGGGGCUCGACGCCGACCCCGGCGGGGCUCCCUACGGGGCUUCCAUCCCCUACGGCCGCGCGGUCAGCGCCGGCGCCGACGUCCUGCUCGCCUAUGAGAUGAACGGGGAGGAGCUGCCCCGCGACCACGGCUUCCCGGUGCGCGUCGUGGUGCCCGGCGUGGUGGGCGCCCGCAGCGUCAAGUGGCUGGGGCGGGUGGCGGUGAGCGCGGCCGAGAGCCCCAGCCACUGGCAGCAGAACGACUACAAGGGCUUCUCGCCCUGCGUGGACUGGGACUCGGUGGAUUACAGCUCAGCACCAGCCAUCCAGGAGCUGCCGGUGCAAUCGGCCAUCACCCACCCGCGCCCCGGCGCGGCCGUGCCCCCGGGGGAGCUGACGGUGAAGGGGUACGCGUGGAGCGGCGGCGGGCGCGACGUGGUGCGCGUGGACGUGUCCCUGGACGGCGGCCGCACCUGGAGCGUGGCGAGCCUGGCAGGGGAGCGCGCGGCGCCGGGACGAGCGUGGGCCUGGAGGCUGUGGGAGCUGCGGGCGCCGGUGCCGGCGGGCGCCCAGCUGGAGAUCGUGUGCAAGGCUGUGGACCGGAGCUACAACGUCCAACCCGACACCGUGGGGCCCAUCUGGAACCUGCGCGGGGUCCUUAGCAACGCCUGGCACCGCGUCCCGGUCACCGUCACCCGCUGAGCCCCCGGCCCCCCCGCCCCGUGCCGCGGAGCGAAGGUCGCUGAGGUUUAUGGCCCCCGACGUGUGAAAGUGGCUCCAUAAAGAUAGUGAAGCUUU